AUGUCUCCCAAGUCCUGGGCCAAGCCCAAAUGGGCCAGCCUCGUCAUGGUCGGCAUUGCACUCGCCAUGGGCGUCUCCGCCGACUCCAACCAGGCCGAUCAAAACCUGGGAAGCGUGAUCGGUAUCGAUCUUGGAACCACUUAUUCUUGUGUGGGUGUCCAGGAGCGGGGCCGAGUCGAGAUCCUGACCAACGACCAGGGUAACCGAAUCACCCCCUCAUACGUGGCCUUCAACUCUGAGGGUGAACGGUUGAUCGGAGACGCCGCCAAGAACCAGGCUGCCUCCAACCCCACCAACACGAUCUACGACGCCAAGCGACUGAUCGGCCGCAAAUUCAACGACGCCGAUGUCCAACGAGACAUGAAGCUCUACCCGUUCAAGGUCGUCAAGAAGGGCGACAAGCCGGUGCUCCAGGUGGAGUUCAAGGGCGAGAAACGGACGUUCACGCCCGAAGAAAUCUCCGCCAUGGUCCUUGGAAAGAUGAAGGAGACCGCCGAGGCCUACUUGGGCAAGAAGGUCACCCACGCCGUCGUCACCGUCCCCGCCUACUUCAACGACGCCCAGCGUCAGGCCACCAAGGAUGCCGGAACCAUCGCCGGGCUCAACGUUCUCCGAAUCGUCAACGAACCCACCGCCGCGGCGAUUGCCUACGGGCUCGACCGGACCAAGGGCGAGCACCAGAUCAUCGUCUACGACCUCGGAGGGGGCACGUUCGAUGUCUCCCUGCUGUCGAUCGACGAGGGCGUCUUCGAGGUGCUCGCGACCGCCGGUGACACCCAUCUCGGUGGAGAGGACUUCGACAACCGGGUCAUCGACUACUUCAUCCAGCUCUGGAAACGCAAACACAACGGCGAGGAUAUCACCACCAACCUCCGCACCAUGGGCAAGCUUAAACGCGACGUCGAGAAGCUCAAACGUACCCUCUCCAGCCAACAGUCCGCCCGGAUCGAAAUCGACAGCUUCUUUAACGGCAAAGACCUCUCCGAAACCCUUACCCGGGCUAAGUUUGAGGAGCUCAACAUCGAUCUGUUCCGAAAGACCAUGAAGCCCGUCGAACAAGUGCUGAAGGAUGCCAACGUCAAGAAAGAUGCCAUCCACGAUGUCGUCCUAGUAGGAGGCUCAACACGAAUCCCGAAGGUGCAAGAACUCUUGAAAGAUUACUUCGACGGCAAGGAGCCCUCCAAGGGCAUCAACCCUGACGAGGCCGUCGCCUUUGGCGCCGCCGUCCAGGGCGGGAUCUUGUCCGGCGAGGAGGGCAACGAGGACCUGGUGCUGAUCGACGUCUGCCCGCUCACCCUGGGUAUCGAGACCACUGGCGGUGUGAUGACCAAGCUCAUCGACCGAAACACCGUCGUGCCUACCAAGAAGUCCCAGAUCUUCUCCACCGCUUCCGACAACCAGCCCACCGUGCUCAUCCAGGUCUACGAGGGCGAACGCACCAUGACCAAGGACAACCACCAGCUCGGAAAGUUCGAGCUCUCCGGUAUCCCCCCCGCGCCCAAGGGCGUCCCGCAAGUCGAGGUGACCUUUGAGGUCGACGCCAACGGGAUCAUGAAGGUGUCCGCGGCUGACAAGGGCUCUGGCCGUGUCGAAUCCAUCACUAUCACUAACGACAAGGGCAGACUCAGCCAGGACGACAUCGACCGGAUGGUCAAGGAGGCCGCCGAGUUCGCGGACCAGGACGAAGCGCUGAAGAAGAAGAUCGAGUCGCGCAACGCGUUUGAGAACUUCAUCUACACGAUCAAGAACCAGCUGGCCGACAAGGACGGGAUGGGCGGCAAGCUGGAGGCCGACGACAAGAAGACCAUCCAGGACGAGAUCAAGAAGGCCCAGGAAUGGAUGGACAUCAACACCACUACCGCCUCCGCUGAGGAGUUCGACGAGCAGCGCGAGGCCCUCCAGGCCGUCAUCUCCCCCAUCACCUCCAAGCUCUACGCCUCCGGCGGCGGCGAGGAACCUCUUGGUCCCCGCGACGAGUUGUAG